AUGGCCGAUAAACCCUCAACGAACAUUAAGCGUCGAGAGUCCAGAACUCCUACGUACAACCAUAUGAAGUAUCUCUACGUUGGAGUCGGACUUGGCACCGCUGGUGUGCUAGUCGAUUGGAUGAUCCACUUCCUCGGACUAGCAGCCGCAAUACUCUUCGGCGUUUGGGCGCCUAUGUCCUACCAAGCCACCAUCGACAGAAACGCAGACAACAACGUUACGCAGAGCCAAAUGUUGAACAAGCUGGAUAGGCUCGACGAAUUGAAUCGCCUGGAUCAUCUAGAUGUGUUGGAAGAGAUGCAAGAGAAGAUUCAGGGUCUGGCUGUUCUGAGAGCGGUGGAAUUUUGCGCCAGGCUGCAGAGUGUCGGCGUGCGAAGAGCUGCUCUCGUCCGGACUGCGAAUCCGAUAACCACGAAUCCAAUAACCGCCUCUUUCUCUUCUCCUUCUCCUACUGCAGCUCCUGGCGGCGGAGCCAAUGGGACCGGUAGAGGCACGAAUCCAAUCGCGGUUGCUUUGGGUGCGAUAUUUGGCGGUAUAGCGCUCAUCGCGCUAGUGGUUGGAACUCUAUACUGGAGGAAGAAAGCGAUGCAGAAAUGA